AGAUAUACGCCAUAUGAGAAACAAAUGAAGGGUAGUAAACAUUUAUAUAGUCGCGCCCGUAUGGCAAUUUUACUUUUUACAGGAUUCCUUGCAGCGCAGAGACUCGCUGUUUUGUAUAAAUGAUCUCAGUCACUUGAUGUCACGUCACCGGCCUCUUUCAUUCUUGCGUAAAUUUAUUCGUAUGCUGUUCUUUAUCAGCCACUAAUUAAUGUUCAGGCGUAGCCUGCAUUAAGCUUCUGAUGAUAUCUGAGUAAAGCCGUGAAUAUAAUAAACAAUGUAAGUUACAUGCAUGUAGAUUAAUAUUUACCGGUAACGUCAGUAACGUUAUACCCUUUUGAAGCCAAAGGUUGAUAGCCUGUGUACAUACCCCCCCACCCCUCCCCUCCGAGUUUUAUUGAGGGAAGGGGUCUGUACACAGGCUAAAGAUUGAUUUGAGCAUUUCUGAAAAAUUCCAUAAGAAUUUCCCGAGAAUUCUUAGGGAAAUCAACGUAAAGUAAUCGGCUAAGAGAUAAUUCUCUUGAAGUCCUAGCCUAGGACUGUGUGGAGAAAUUUCGCCGAGGUAAAUCUUGCUUUUUCAGGGUAAUUUUCGACGGUUUUGUAUUCAUUUUAUUUCAUGAAUUUAAAUGGUAUUUCCAUCCUGUUUUUGUACUAUUUUUAUGCUCUUUCGACCGAUUUUUAUACUGUUUUCAGACAACUCUAAGGCUAUGUUCUUACAAUUUUAUACUGUUUUUGCAUUUUUGCAUCCUAUUUUUGAUGUAUUUAAUUCAUAAUAUAUGUGUGCUAUUGCUUUUCUUCUUUUGUGGUAUUAUAAUACUGUUUUCAAAGUAUUUUUAUUGUAUUUGCAAAUACGAGUAUUUUACUAAAUUUCGAAACCGAUUAAACAGCUAUUAAAAUAUAUUUUGAAGCAUAACAUUUUAAUAGCGUUUUAAACAGGUUAAAACACCUUUAAAAUCAGUCGAAAAAUAUAUCAAAAAUAUAUUUUGGUACCUAUUUUAAACCUGUUUUUUUCAAAAUACGUUUAAAAUUGACAUUAAAAAUAGUUUUAAAAUAGUAUAGUAAAUUAAAAUAUGUUUUUGAAACUGUUUUUAUCCUGUUUUUAUUCCGAUUUAUAAGGUAUUUAAAAACUGUUUUUGACCUGUUUUGAGCCUUGCAAAAGCCCUGGAAUUUUUUAUAUAUUUUAAAAGCAUUUUAAAAUACUUUAAAAAUUCUUUUUUAAUAGCGUUUUAAACAGGUUAAAACACCUUUAAAAGCAGUCGAAAAAUACAUUAAAAAUACACUUUUUACCCUAUUUAAAACCUAUUUCACAAAACAGGUUAAAAACAGUUUUCAAAAAUAGCUUAAAAAUACAUUCAAAACAGUGUUGGAUUUGGUAAGGGAGUAUACACACACGAAGUGAUCUCACCAAAAUCGGAGAGGAAACCAUUAAAAAGUACGAUUUGAUUGACAGAUCAAAUCACGCGUAAGUUUAAAAAUAGAUCUUUGCAGAACUUUCAAACAUGGCAAUUCACAAGUUUAUCAUUUCGCAAACAACAGCGUAAUGGCUUAAAUGGAACCGCUAAAAGUUUGAACUGUUUCCUUACCUGAGAAGAAAAGUGGAGCUUUGCUGUUUUCUGUUGACUCGCCAAGCCUAUAGCCAAAAGGGCUUGUUGUGUCGUUCUUCACAUGAAGUGCUGACAAAAAUGGCCGGCUCGGUUGCUCGAGGUAAGCCGUCGUCUUCCUGUAUCAUUCUUUUUCCUGUUUACUUGAAACGUAGAAUUUCUGCAAACAUUUCCUUUUAAAUUUUUUUGUCAUAAAUAAACUUCGAUUUUUGAGCCAAAAUUUUCUUGUUAGAAAAAGCUGAGUUCACGAAACGGCUUCUACGCGAAUACACGGGAGUUGUAAACAAUCCAUCGAGCACAAAACUCAGCUACAGUAAAUUGAGAAACGCCGUAUUGAAUCCUUCCAAGUCUUUUCUUGCCUUAAUAAAAGUCAGCCCUAGGAUUUUGUCGACUUUUAAAAGAUCGUUCUCUAAAAAAAAUGGGAAAAACACCGAGCUCACACAUUAUCCACUCUCUAGGAGGUGAAUAUUGUUGAAUAGUCCGAGAUAGCGAACCAAUCAAAUUGUGUAAAUCACCAAGAUGACUGAGUGUGUAUAUGCUAAUGCCUAAUGGUUUUGCUCUUCACCCAGCUUGUAGGUUCUGUGAAACCUGGAAAAGUUAAUACAAUACUGAUCGAUAACUCAGCAGCGCCAAUGCUUAACUUUACGUUGGCUAUAUGAACAAAAUUCUACAAGUCAUUGUCAGCUAAUCAGAAGAAAACCAAUCCAACCUUCUGCUGAUGUUUUUGCUUAUGCAAAUCCUUCUUUAUGAAAUUCACCAUAGCCCCGUCCACAAGUAUCAGUUUUUGUUUGAAAACGGAGAUUUUUUCUCUGCGGUUUGGCCUACCGUCGACACGUAUUCCGCCGAAACGGUCACAGGAAACGCAUCUUUUCUAAAAGGCUCUCCAGAGUGAAAUUUUCUGAAAACGCUGGCUUCUCCGUUUACGUGCGGACGGACAAAAACGGAUGUUUUCGAAUACAAUGAUACCAUGCAUCAUUUACUACUAGCACAACGCAUGCUCCGUAAGGGAUGCCAUCGUAUUUCCAUUGAUUGACGAUUUCGAAGAGACAGGUGAAAACGAUUCCAAUACGCUACCUGUCAGUAAGACACGUAUUUUUUUUGGAAAACGGAGGAAAAAAGUCCGUUUUCCAAAAUAUCCGAAUACGUGUAGACGGAGCCUAAGUAAUCCCAUGUGAAGAUUACCGUAGGUUUUGUUUCUGGCUAUUUUGUUACUAUUUCUAGGAACAUAAGCGUAUUUCCUCAUAAAGCAAUAAAGCUUUCCCCAAAAUCUUCCCAUUCGAUUUCGUCCCCUUUAUGCUCUUUAGACUUCUUUGUACCACCAUUAAUUAAUCGUGAAACUUUAAUUGUGCCUUUUAAUCUCUUAACAUCGUAACUUCCCGGUUAACGACCGUUAAAAUUGAAAAACAAAAAUGAUCAUUCAGUUGUUUGGAAUACAAAGCUCUACCAUCCUGCAAACCAAUGAGCCCAAACUGAUAAAGACUGCAAGAGUUGUUCCUGGAACUCCAUUGUAGUUUCAUGCAAGCUCUCUGCUGACCCGACGUGUUUGUGUGUAACGACAAUUAUAAAGAAAACCUAACUAUGUACAGUGGAACCUCCAGUACCUCUAUAUAACGAAGUCCUCGGUAUAAAGAACGAAUUUCUUUACCCUAGUAAUAGCAAGAUAUAUGAAAAAGGACCUCGAUAUAACGAAACUUCGUUAUAUCGAGGUUCCUGUGUACAUUUUAAACACGAUUCUAAAUCUCUGUAUUUACAAAUAGUUUCAUUCUUACCCAUUUUUUCCGCCUGUUUAAGGAGCAACACGACCCAAAAUCAAUUGCAGAGAUGAAAGAGGAAAUCUUAUAUAAGUACGACGAAAAUUUUGAUGGGAAACUUGAAUUGGAAGAGGUAUUUAUGACUUUCUUUUAUAAGUUUAGUAUUCUGUUUUUUUGUACUCUCCCGAUCUUAAAACAGUAGCCUCCUGCUACUUUGCUGUCUUUUUUUAAUAGUCCAUUUGAAUUUUAAUACGCUUCAGUUAUCGAGUCCGAUUUACUCCACAUCGAUUGUGACAAGUAAUUAAUAUUUAAGUGAAAUAGAAGUCUGUGUUCUGCUGUAAGGUUGUCAACUGUCUAGGCCAUGUUACAUAUUAUAAUCUAGGCAAUUUCACCAAUUACCAAGACCGAAACGAUCACAAAAUUUACUGAAAUAUCAAAUCAGGAGAUCAGAAAACCUACAAAAACAAAACAAAAACAAGAGCAAAUAAGCAAAAUGAAAGACGACUAAAACGAAUUGCACUCUGGAGUUUUUUGGCCAGCUCUAAAGUGAUGUAAAAAGGCAAAAUUAUUGAGAGGAACGAGCUUGAUCUCUCUAAAAAGAAGUUAUGAUAGAGAAUCAAGUGUAAGGCAAAAAGAACAUUUCGGGGCAUUUUUCAAAUCGUAAUACAUUAACUGCCGUGUUAGACAAGGAGUUUAACACCCGUUCCUCAUUACCAUAUAAGAUUAACUUUUUCUUCAAACACAGGAAGCUACAGGAGGUCACAGUGUUUCUCCAGGUCAUUCAAGAUCAAAGGGCCAAAGAAGAAAACAAACAAAUCGCCGUUAAAUUUACCUUCUCUUCAGUUAUAUCACUGACUGUUAAAUUUCUUCUUCACAGCUCACCAGAAUUCUACCAACCGAGGAGAAUUUUCUCGUAAAGUUUCAGCACCAUGAUUCCUUGACAAGCGUGGAAUUCUUUAAGGUUUGAAAUUUGUUACGUUCACUUACCGCAGUUUUUCGUAUGAAAUACAUGUACAAUUGAGCUAUUAAUUACUUCGAUACAGUUUUUCGGAGACCAUACCGAUAUUCAAUGGAAAACUAUUUACAAUUGUAAAUAAUUUAAGAGUGAGAAAAGGAAAAUCAAGCAUUACUAAGAAAAAAACUAUCAAAAAUCUAGGCCUAAAAUUAUGAGUGCAGAUGUAGACCAGCUACAGCGAAAGUGAAGUCUUCUGAGACCUCACGUGAUUUGAUUGGAUAUCUAGAACCUCUGACGCAUCUGUGUACACUGAGUUCUUAAUAUAGCAAAUGAGAGCUGUGUUCGAAGCCAGGAAAUAACGCUGGCGUAGGGUUCAUCGUUCUUAGUCGAAAACUUAUUUGCGAGAGUUCUUAAAAAGUCCUGACAGUCGAGUCCCAUGCCCCCGUUUGUACCAAACACCAGUGGUUUAAAGGUUCCCAUCUCUACAUCCAUCACUCUCUGGUUGUAUUUCCUCCUCUUCUCGUUUUCUUGCUCUUUGAACAUCGUUUUUGUGUACUUGCCGUGGUUGGACCGGGAGUUAAUAUGCGUUACACGUACGUCAAUUACCUUAAAAGUGAUUUUAUCCUUGUGCGAUUGCCAUGAAAUUUUCACCACCAACUGACCUGGGAUUGAAGUUUGUCAAUAUGUUGUUUCAAUAAAAAUCGAUAAUACCAUGACGACGAUAAACACAAAUCUUUGAAAUCACUUAAAGACGAAUUUUUCAACACCUAGACCUGCCAUUGAAAAUCCAACAUCAGGAAUUUGUGAGUGAGGUGUUUGGCAAAUAACCUCCGUGAAAAUAGAAAAAAAAAAUGUGUGUUUGAACCUUGAAAUGGUCUAUUCCGAAAUGAGGGACGUCUUUAUUAGUUGUUUUCGUCCAUUUUACUCAGUGUUUCUCACAGUUCGCGCUCUCUCGACCGACUAUCUUUGCAUAAUUUGGCGAAGUGGCAUUUGAAACGGAUUGUUUUGAUCAGUCAUCGUCAAACUUGGCAAACAGUUUUAGCUCGGUGGCCUUAACAACAUGUGUCAUAUUCAUUGUUGAAAUAUUAGUCACGUGACCUGAAAAUGAUCGUUAACGGUCUAAGUGUUCAAAUUAAAGCGGGGGAAAGGAAAUGAAAGAGCAGCAAAUAUUAUUGGGCACCAAUGUUUUUCCCACGGCCUGGAUAUUAUGAAAUAGCGCUGCAUUUAUGCCUAAGUGGAGCAAGGAUUACGAAAUAAAGAAAAACAGAUCAUGUGACUUAUAAAAGACUUUAAUAACUUAAUAAAAAUUCUUUGCCUUCUAGAUAAAAAAAAUUAAGUGGAAUAAUCGGGGGGUCGAGAAAAAAUGGUGAUUUUAAUGAAUGAUCAUAUUUUAAAUUGCUUUAUUGUUUUGUGCUUUAAUUCUCUCUUUUUAAAGGUGUGGACCCAUUAUGACCAGGAUCAGUCAGGUUUUAUAGAGAGCGAUGAGCUGAAGGUACGGCACGCCGAAACCAAAGAUGAAACGAUAUUUUACUAGAUCUUUCUUAAAAGUUCUUAUACUAAAAAAAGGUUGCAAAGUACCCAAAUUUUUGACAAUGGUAUUGUCAAGCAGCAUCACAUAAGGAGGUAACGCUGGUUUAAAAAUAUAUAUCUUCCAAUAGGACAAACGUAAAGCAAGGGACACACAUACACCAACCCAUGCCAUAUCACCCUCGCAGUGGCAGCCAUUGACAGCUCAUUGGGGCUUAUCAGCAUAAUAAUAAUAAUAAUAAUAAUAGUCUUUAUUCAAUCAAAGGAUAAAAAUACAUAUCCUAAGUUACAAAGAAAAUGUAUUAAAAGAUACACGAUAAAAUACAAUAAUAAUGUAAGAUAGAAUAACACUAUGCUAAAUCAUAUUUAAAAAUAAGUCCAUUUACAAAAGUUUUCUUGUAUCUCUCCGUUUUUAUCUGAGGAAGGUGACACCUUCUCCUACGCAAAUUAUAUAUUAAUUAUUUUUCUUUGGGAACGAUCGCACCUAGCAUAUGAUUAUUAAUAGCUCUUUUGAAAGCGGAUAUAUCUUGCUGUUCUAAAAGAUUAAAGAUGCUGACUGUUUGACAGGUAAAAUGACGCUUAUGGCACCUGUCUAAAAAACGCUGUAUAACAUUUAAAUCAGAAUCAGAAGCGCCAUACACAGCGAGACCAUAUGUGAAAAUGGGAAGAAUUAGGGUUUAAACAAGUGAUCUAUUUCCUUCUAGCUAAAGAGUUCCUUUCGUAGAGUUCUGAGAACGUGAAGACACUUUUUAGCUUUUGUAAGCUUGAGUCUGACGUGCUCGCUAAAUUUACAAUUAGGGUGAAACGUCAGUCCGAGCAAUACAAGGCUAUCACAUUGAGGAAUGUUAUCGAAGGGAACGUACUGAUGGCGUGUACCGCUUCUUUUCUUCUUUCUAAAUAUCAGUUCUUUACACUUGCUCGGAUACACAGCAUGGCCAUAGCUGUGAGGUCUAUAAACGGGCAAAGAGUGCGGUUUCAAAGGCCCUUUAUUGCCGAAGCGAGUGUAAAGCACUCCUUUAACGACAGCUCCACUCUUUGAUGCCGUAUUGUCUCAUUGUAAUUACCGGCUUAAGAUCAGGGUAGCUCCUGAUACUCGUGAGUCAAUUACAGUUGCAAGAGAUAUGUUUACAAAAUCUAGCUGGAUCUACUUACCAUCUAUUCAUUUUAUUAGGGGUUUUUGCGAGAUCUUCUUGGUCGAGAAGGGCAUACAUUGAACCCACAAAGACUUGAGGAUUAUGCCACUGCCAUGGUAAGUUUUGAUUGCAGUUAGAAUAUGUUUGUUGUUCAAACCUUGUCGGAUGUUUAGUUGGACGCUUACAGUUGCGUGAGAAUGCUUAGCAUUCUAUAUUGGGAGACGCUGGCAUCAUGAGAGGGCCCCCAAAAGGGUUCUUCGAUCGCUUCAUGCUAAUCCAAAAUUUCACUCAAUCCUGGAAUCCCUAUUAUGAUUUUCGGCAUCCAGAGUCCCGUACAUACUUUCAAUCCUGAAUCUUGCCCCCGUCAAAGUUUUGCUUUAAAAUGCCGAACUUCGGUCUUCAGGUAAGGCAAAUUGUGGACCCUCUCAUAAGUUAGCAAUUAUAUUUGGAUAGGACCUUGUAUGAUCUUAAAAAAUUAUGCAGUUUUUAUUAGAUAAUCACUGAAUUAUUUGUGUUAAGUCACUAUUAUUUAUUUUUAUGUAUCAUAGCUUGAGAAAUGUAAUCUUCUGAACUAUCAUUCUCUCUGGGCCACCAUACAAUGGAGAAUCUCCCGAGGACGUAAAAAUUAUUCGAGUUCGGCGUUUAGUCUUGGCCCGCUGCCGAAUCAGUCUAUCGCUAUUACGCACCUCAUCACGGAAAUGAUGCCGUUGAUCAGCGAAGGCUUGGAUUUUGGAUUUUACUUUUUUAAACAGCAGUUUAAGAUCUCACUAGAACAGUUUUAUAUUUACAAAUUAAGUGUGUUUAAAAUAUACUUGCCUAUCAAAACACCGUGACAUUAACUUAGUUUGGGAGUUCCUGAAUGGCUCCAAAUAAUACAGUGUAGGCUGCUUGAAGUAAUCGUUGUCAAAUGUCGUCGUUAGAACACAAAUGGUAAGCACACGGUCAAAAGACAAUUCUCCACAUAAAAUUCGAUCAGCUGCAGUGAGGAAAAUAAAUGUCCGUAAGAACCUACAUACUAAAGAACAGCAUUGUUAGAUAAUUUAAGAUAAGAUACGAUAAUGAACAAUUACUGAAUGAGGCUGAGUAUCUUAUGAAGAGUUAUGGAGAUCGAGGAUGGUGUUAUCUGUCUAGGCCGUAGGCUGAGGCGGAUCACACCCUCCGAGAUCUCCAUAAUUCUUCAUAUGAUACGAAAGCCGAAUUCAAUGAUUGUUUUAUUAUUCAUUUAAAAUAAGUCCUAUAUUAGUUUAAAAACAGCUAAAACAUGCUUACCUCCAUCGAUGUUAAGUUCAUCUUCGAUAGUGUACGUUUAGGGUUGUUCAGCUCCGCAAAUAUUCUCCAAUUAGCAGAUGUCGCCCUUCGAGUAGUCUUCUUGCUGUUCUUGCCAUGUUUUUAGCUAUUAUUUUGCCUAGUUCUUACUCUCGAAACGAGUGAAAUGUCCGCCAUUUUCGUUUUCACAACAACAACAACUCAACCUUGUCUCUAGGUCCAUCUCGGUUAACGGUGCAUUAACCUGCAAGGAAGCUGCACUUUUGACGUCAUCGGUUGAUUAAUCGCAAAUUCUUCCAUAUUUGGUCAUCAGUAGCUGGUUAUGGUGAAUUAUGCGUAUGCUUUUAGCCAAUCAGAAUCAUUAAAAUGUUUUGAAUGAAUAAUAAGCGACUUUAUUUAACGAGGGUUACACGUGACAGUAAUCAAAAUUAUGAUAAACUAGUGGCCCUCUAAAAUAAAUUAAAAAAUACAAUGAAGUGAAAUGAAAACUAGCGAUAGGUUAUUAUUUGUUGGAAGUUACAUGUUGUGUACGUUUGCACACCCUGUUGCAUAUUGUUGCGUGUUGUUGGGAGUUGUUGCGCAAAGUUUGAAACCGGUCAAACUUUUAGCCCCGUGCAAACGGACGCAGCAUUGUUGCGAGUUGCUGUGUCUGUUUGCACGUAGCUUAACAACCCUUUAAGUUUCUUCUCAUGACGGUACAAAUUUCCUUUUUUACAUGAUUAAUAGUUUCUACAUGUAGCUUACUUUUCUUUCAGCUGGACUUAUUUGACAAGAACAAGGAUGGGAAGCUGUCAUUGUCGGAAAUGACCAAGUAAGUACGAGCUGCUGUCACAUGACUCAUGGUGUUCUUAGGGUAGAGAAAAUUUAGUUUUUCUAGGGAGGAAAAAGCUGGAAGGACAUGCUUUGUGAAGUGAUCACGUGAGCUGAUUCCGACGGACGUGAAUCUUGGUGUUUCGUAACUUUCCUUAUUUCUCUUCGAUUAUUUCUUAUUUUCUUGAAUGUUUUCUACGUUUGUUUUUUUUUUUCGUAUGUAUUGUUUAUUUAAUUAUUUGUUAAGUUAUCAACAGUUUUCUUUCUUUUCUUUCGUUUUUCUCUUCCCUUCCCUUCUUUUCUUUCGUUCUUUUAUAUUUGUGUGUGUGAGUGUUUGUGUGUUUUUUCUUAUAACCAUUUAUUGCAAAUGUAAUUGUCCCGCCUAGAAUAGCAUUUUUGCUAAUUGUGUGGACAUGAUAACUGUAACGUGUUGCAUGAAAUUCAUUAAAGAUUGUUGUUGCUGUUGUGGCUGUUUGUUGUUGCUUUGAAGGAGGUGCCACGCGAGUUAUUCAUAAAGUUGAAGAAUCAUAGAAGAAAUCAAUAUCUCUGGAAACCUAGCGCAGUUUUCUCCUCGAAACAAACUCCGUAUGACCAUAAAAAAAAACUACAGCCUUCUAUUUUGGCAUUAAGUGCUAAUAAAUCAAUAACUAGUUGAUGCCAAUGUUUUUGUUUUAACAUUUAGGUCAUCGACUUCUUUUACUAAAAUUAUGAUCAUUCGAUUUAACGGCGUAACAAUACCCUCCGUAAAUCAUUGCACAUUGGCGAUUAAUUCGCCCUGUUGUUAGUUGUCUGUAAGUCUGAGAGAAAAUCAGUGCUAAAAGGUUCGGGUCCUUACUUGACAUUUAGUCAAAAAAGCGUCUUUAUUUCUUAUUUUGAUUUCUAUGUCAUCAUAACCUAUUUACCGACUUUUAGAACUAGUUUUGUGAAGUACUGUAAUACGUGUUCGUUUCAAUUGCAGGAUUCUUCCCGUGGAAGAAAACUUUAUGAAGAAGUUUGGGGUAACAUUUCUUAAUAUGUGUACCUUACUUCUAGGGGGCAUUUCUUCGUAGCAAAAAUGUACAACUAGUUCAAUCUUUUCCCCUGCUAACGAGUGUGGCUUAACGUGGAAUUAGAAGAAAUAUACAGCUCACUGAGUACUUAGACAUUGAAAAGGGACAAGCUAAUAUUCGACUUAUUUUCCUACAAGUCAGUUUUCCUCUAAAAAUGAAUCGAUGAGCCAGACAAACAAUUAUCCAAUCAAUCAAUCAACAAUAUAAACAAUUAAAGCGAUCAAAAAUACCAUAACACUACUUUGGUAGAAGUCACGCCAGAGUUCGGGUUAGGGGCAUCAUUUGUGAUCUUUUAAAGACUCAUCGGUCUCUCCUAGUUAUGAAAAAGACCCAUAUAAGUGAAUUGAUCCAAGAGUAAGCAUUUUGUAUAGUAUUGCUUUGUGUUUUUUUAGGGUGAAAAAUUGACCGAAGGACAGUUUGACCAAAUAUGGAACAAGUAUGACGAGGCAAGUAAAAAUAAUAGCCCUUCAUUUUGAUCAACUCAAACUUAUCAGACAGGUACUUUUUGCUGUUUAAUGUUUUUUUUUUUUCAAAAACACUGGUUAAAAAGAACACAUUUCGGAAUCCUCAUAUUGAAGUAACUGGACAUGUAGGUGCAUCAGGAUCCCUUGAGAUCCUUUGUAAUAUACUUAUAUAAGGAAAGUAAUCUAAGUAUGACUUUAAUUACAGGCAUACACUAACCGGUAAAUAACGAAUUUAUACGCUGUACGUUGUGACAAUAAUCGUCAACACAGUGACUAGGGGGACGGAGCCAAAUUUUCGCAUUAUAGGAGUGACCUAUGAGCCCUUUGCAGCUUGCAAAGCUCGCAGCCACGUGAACUUCCUUACGGACAAAUUAUGGGAUGCAGUUUAUAAAAAAAGGAUGAGACCUCAGUGAUGCUCUUUGUCUUUUAAGCCUUGUAGAUGUAAUUAGUUAUUCUCCUUUCUGACUGCUAUAUAGUACUUUAUAUAUAUAGUAUUUUUUGUCAAAUAAGAGAAUUUCAGAUUAAACCAAUAUAACAUCCUCUAGAUGAUGAAUUUGCCUCUUCUCAUUACCUAUCUGUUGAAAAAUGUAUUGGAUAUUAUAAGGAGAAGUUACAUAUGAUCACUCCUGGAAGUUAAAGGCCGCGUUAGUAUGAAUACAUCACCACAAGCCUUGGGUGCAAAUUACCUUUGAACAAAUAUGGUGGUACGUCUAGUAAUUCCAAAUCCCUUACCAUUUUUUUUUCUUUCAUUUUCCUUUCUUUUUAAUUAAGGAUGGCAAUGGUUAUAUUGCUGAUGAAGAACUUGAUGCUCUCAUGCAUGACCUUUUGGCUAACUCCAACCAGGUAACUGCCCUCCAACUAGGUAACUGCCUCCUUGAUGUUUUGAGAACGGAAUUUGGAGCCAGGGUAAGCGCUACCCAAAAAGGCAGCUAGUUAAGCACCACUGACAUUUGUGAUGGUUUUAGAUCUAUCAUUUACAAAAAAAUGGUUACAUUUAAGCGAAACAAUUUUUUGUCUUACUUUUUGAAAACCACGAGUUACUAAGGGUAUCUUUUGUAAAAGGUGGAGCAAUGUUAUGGCUCCCUUUUUUGGGGCGAUAAGGGGUGCGGGCGGGCGGGGAAGGGGAUGGGGCAACCUCUCUCGAACUUUAGAUAAGCUUAACUAAGCUAAUAAACAUUAGAGGCCUUCAAUAGAGGCAAAGCUCACAGUCUUCUUUUCAAGAAAAUAAAUGAAAAUGAAAUGAAAUAAAUAUUUCCACUAUAGAAUAAAAUAAAUAAUGUUUUUUUUUUUUUUUUCAGUGUGAGGCGGAUGACCCCAGUAAGCUGAAGAAAGUCAAGUCCAGUCUUAUGGAAACAUGCGAUAAAAAUAAGGACGGGAAGAUAACGAAAGAAGAACUGAAAUUUAUGUUGUCACCUGUUGUGACCAACGAGUGUGCAUGAAUUGUGUCAUCUGCCAUAGGCUACUUGGCUCACUGUUGGCUACAUAGUAGUAAAAAAAUCAUUUUGCUGUUUUCAAUUUGAUGUUUCGAGAGAGUUUAAUAGUUAAGACCACUUUCGAUAUAUUAAAACUAAUGCUUGGCUACGAGGCUUGUGGGAAUCAGGAGCCGAUUACUUAAAUUAAUCGGCUCCUGUGGGAAGAAAGCAACAGAAGGGUAUUAUUCAUUGCUGAGAAUAAAGUUGAUUUCCUUUGUUUUGUGCCCCAAGCAAUAUAGCCCUCGAACCGCAGACCUAUUUCCGGUCGUCGGUUUUUCUCGGAGGGUGAAACUAUAGACUGUUCAUAGUUCUCUAUUUUUCCGUAAGAUCCUCGAGAUCGAGCGCUUUGUGUUACGGCUGCCAUCUUGCAUGAGUGUCAAAACUACUUUGGGGGUGGGGGCGGUUUGGGAGGAAGCGAGAAAAAUAUCCCCCCCUCCCCCACCCCGAGCUAUAAUUCCGGUCGCCCGCCCCCUCGGUACAUUUAAAACUCAAGAUACCGUAACGGUAAGACGCGGUAUAUCUAAACGAUCUCACGAAAAAAUAGGGGACUGUGAACAGUCUAGUGAAACUAAAGCCGAAAAGACCGGAUGCUCUUACAGGCUACAAGCAACAGAGCCAAGUAUGAAUUUUAUUAUAUCGAAAUCGGUC